AUGUCAGAUCGGUUGAACAAAAAGACAAGUCGCAACCAAUUUACCGCUCUUAAAAGACACCUGCCAAGGUCUCAUUCCUCAAGUUCAACCUGCAGCACGCUUUCACACCUACAAUGGCUCACGGCAACGAAGCAGCAGUUGAGAACUGCUUUUGCUGAUCAGUUGGUGACUCCGGACGUGGAGGCGAAGUACCAGGAAGCUGUAGCAGUUCCCUGGUCCCAAACCUGCUGGACCCCCGCGGCCGGUUACCUCUAUCUGAAAGGCUCCCAGGAGCUCACUCAAGCGGUGGACAUUGUCAAAAGCACAGGAUCCAAGUUCGCCAUUCGCACCACCGGCCACAACCCAAACGCUGGAUUUAGUAGUGCAGACGAAACUGCAAUCGUGCUUGACAUGCGUCAGUUCCAGUCCAAGGAGCUGACAUCGGACGGCGUCGCUCGAGUUGGUUCGGGAAGCACUUGGGGCGAGGUGUAUGCCUGGCUCGAGAAGCACAACUUGUCAGCCAUUGGAGGCCGAGACCGGCAGGUCGGACUGGGAGGGUUCCUGCUGGGAGGAGGCAUGGGAGCCUUGCCCAAUCUCUAUGGACUCGGAGCAGACGGCGUGAAGAACUUCGAAAUCCUGUUGGCCGACGGCAGACUGGUUAACGCAAACGCAAAUGAGAACGCUGAUCUCCACCGCGCUCUGAAGGGUGGUGGCUCCAACUUCGGCAUCGUGACGCGGUUCGACCUUGAGACCCACCCAUUGAUCCAUGUUCAGUAUACUAUCAAUGCUUAA